AUGGGACCAUAGAGUACAAAGCAAACUAAAUCAGCCCAAUUACUCCUCUCUCUUCGCCUUUUCCACUAUAGUUCUUCAGGAAUAGAAGCCUAUAGUAGAGAAGACCCAUAAGGAAGGAGUACUUACUCAACUCAACGAAGAGCAACCAUGGUGGAAGAAGAUCAGGCCAGACCCUUUGCAUACGCCACCACCCCUACCGUCACCGGCGACGAAGAAGCUACUUCACUUCAAUCCCAGAGGAAGCUCCGCCGUAAGAAAUUUUGUAUUUGCUACAUAUCUGUAUCAUUGGUGAUAGGGUUAGUACUCCCAUUAGUCCUCAUCUUCACUGUCUUCAAAGUUAAAAAACCUACAAUGACUCUCAAUUCAGUUCAGUUUGAAAAAGUAUCUAUCAGUAACUCAACCUCACUCGCCGGAAUACCUAGCUUAAACCCUACAACUCCGACCACCACCACCACCAGUACAAACCCUAGUAUCAACAUGACCAUGUUAGCAGACAUGUCUGUCAAGAACCCAAACGUAGCUUCCUUUAAGUUCAAACCAGGCACUACCAUCCUCUAUUAUUAUGGCUCUGAGGCCGGCGUAGCGCGAAACCCCGCCGGAAACGCCAAGGCGAAAAAGACUAUGCAUAUGAACCUUACCAUUGAUCUUUACAUCCAAGCUGAUUCUUCUACACCUAGUAAGCUUGAACACUUGACUAGUGAUCUCAAAUCAGGAGAAAUGAGUAUGGAUAGCUAUACUAUAUUGGAUGGGCGUGUGAAUGUUUUGAAUAUCUUCAAGAAAAAUGUUGAAAUCAAGAUGAACUGCACCAUGACUCUAGCUAUAUCUUCAGGUUCUCCUGUGUCUGUGUCCCUCAAAGACAUGCAAUGUAAAAGUAAAGUUAAGCUCUAGAGAAUUUUUUAUUUUCCUUUUCUUUUUUCCUUUUUUUAUAAUUUUAAUUUGAGUUAUUUUGAUCUUUAUUUGAUUGUAUUAUCUUAUCAUCAUCAGUUCUUGUUAUUUGUUUGUAUUAGAGGAGUUGUUCUUAUUAUAGUGAUUGAAUUAUAUUAAUCCUUCUUAUGUUUUGUAUAA